AACCAGAUCCAUGCGACGGAAGAUUUCCAGUUUCAUCCCUGCUUUGAUGAGUUUCAAUGCGCGAAGCUCAAGGUGCCUUUGGACUGGUUCAAUGGCACGCACCCAAACGCAUCAGCCAGCAUCGCAAUCGCCAAACUUCCAGCAGAAGUUCCUGUCGACGACCCACGUUAUGCAGGCCCAAUACUCAUUAACCCAGGCGGGCCCGGAGGCUCUGGGAUUGCGCUUGCUCUCAUGGAAGCAUACCAGCUGCGCACCGUUGUAGCACCGUCGUCCGGUAACAAGUCGAAAGGCAAAUAUUACGAUAUCCUAGGCUUUGAUCCUCGCGGAAUUGGCUUCACGCAGCCAGUCGCCUCGUGCAUGCCCGACAACCCUUCUGCCUGGUCAUGGAAGCUUCGUGAGACUACAGAAGGCAUUUUAGGAAGUUCAGACGCUGCUUUGGGGCGUCACUGGGGUAUGACCCACGCUUUUGGCGCCGCGUGCAAAGAGCACUCGGAGGCAAGCGGUGAACCAGACAUCAAGCAGUAUAUCACGACUGCUUCUGUUGCUCGCGAUAUGCUCGAGAUCGCUGAAAGACACGCCAAGUGGGUUGUUGACAAGUCGAACUUGCUCGCGAGGAAAGCUUCGAACAGUGCUAGCAACCUGACAGUCUACAAGCACGGCGAGGUCAACCUGACUUACGUUGGGUUCAGCUACGGCACUUACCUGGGCAGCACAUUCGCCGCAAUGUUCCCAGAUCGUGUUGGGCGAUUGGUGCUAGAUGGUGUUGUCAAUGUUGUCGAUUACAACAGUGGCCUGGCUCAAGGAAGCCUUUACGACACUGAGAAGGACAUGAAGUCGUUUUACACCUUCUGUGCCAGUGUGGGGCCCGAAGGCUGCCCCCUUGCUUCCCCCACCGCCAGUAUUGAAGACAUAGAGCAGCGCACCCAGCGCAUUAUCAAGUCUCUCUACCACCACCCCCUUGGCAUUCAUACUGCUCAAGGCCCUGAGAUUUUCACAUAUAGCGACUUGAAAGCCGUUAUCUUCGCAAGCCUCUACUCGCCAACCCUCACAUUCCCUGGUAUCGCCUAUAUCCUCCUCGCCAUCGAGCAGAGAACCGGCCCCGUCCUCGAAUCCAUCGGCAACGCCCUCCGCGAUGCCCACAUCUACACCUGUCCCGCCGUAAACGGCUCCAAAACCCUGCCCCUCAACUACGACACCGCACAAGACGCCAUUCUCUGCGGCGACGGCGUUCCCAUUACCGACCUCGACAUCUCAGGCAUGGAGGCCUACUGGCAGCUCCUCGAGAGCAUAUCUCCCGCCGCAGCCGGCAUCUGGGCAAUGCUCCGCAUGAAGUGUGCAGCCUGGCCUAUCACGCCGCUGUACACGUUCGGUCGCGACGACAACUUCCAUGGUAAGACAGCGCACCCUGUCCUCUUCAUCUCAAAUACCGCAGACCCCGUCACACCGCUGCGCAGCGCGCGAGCGAUGUCUAAGCGUUUCCCGGGGAGUGAGCUCCUUGUGCAGGAUGCCCAGGGGCACUGCGCAUUGUCUGUGCCCACCGCGUGCACCGUCGCGGCUGUGAAGACGUACUUCCAGUCUGGCGAUUUGCCCGCUCCAGAUACGCUUUGUGUGCCGCCGGUCAGUCCGUUCAGCAUGAACUCGACGGAUCCGAAGAGUCCGUUCUAUGACCCGAGUUUGGGACAGGCGGUGCUGGUGGCUGAGGAGGGGAUGGAGCAGGAGAUGGACGCAGCAAGGAGCCUGCAGGGGUGGGCUGCGCGACACUUGAAGUUCGGGCGGGCGCAUUUGGGGGAGAAAGUUGAUGGCGUGGUGGGGGUCGCGAUGGCUUGGGGGAAGGGGGGUGUGGAGGAGAAGGAUGAGCUGUGA